GAUGUCAGGAAAAGGUUCUUCCAGAGGCUGGUGGGGCACUGAACAGGCUCCCCAGCGAAUGCUCACAACCUGACAGAGCUUCAGGAGUUUUUGGACAAUGCCCCAGGCACAGGGUGGGAUUUUUGGGGUGUCUGUGCAGGGCUAAGAGUUGGACUCGAUGAUUCUUGUGGGUCCCUUCCAGCUCAGCACGUUCUGUGAUUGUGUGAACAUGGCUUUACACUAGAACACAUUUCAUUCUGGGCAUUUUGGAGGGGGAGAGAAUGAAACCUGGGGGCAAAACUGAGUGGGGAGAAGGGCUUCCCCAAGGGAUGAAUCAGCUGAAAAGCAGCUCAGGAAGGAUGUGACUUAGUGCAGCUGCUGGAUUCUGACUGAGCUGCUGCCAGAGAGCAGCUGAGGGAGGGAGGGAGGAAGGAGGAGGAGGAGAUCAGGGCUGGUGUGUCAGGUUUCCGUGCACUGCACGUGUGGGUGGUGCGAGCUGUGCCUGCUCCAGCCACCGAGCGAGCCGGGAGCAUGGGGCAGGUGGCUUGGAAGGGUUUAUUUCUGUCUCUUUUCGAUUAUAAAACGGAGAAAUACGUCAUUGCAAAGAACAAGAAGGUCGGGGUCCUCUACCGAGUGGUGCAGCUCUCCAUCCUGGCUUACCUGGUGGGGUGGGUGUUUGUUGUCAAGAAAGGCUACCAGGACACAGACACGUCCCUCCAGAGCUCUGUCAUUACCAAGCUAAAAGGGGUGGCCUUCACCAACACCUCGGAGCUGGGGGAGAGGCUGUGGGAUGUUGCAGACUAUGUCAUCCCUCCUCAGGGUGAAAGCGUCUUCUUUGUCAUGACAAAUCUGAUUGUGACCCCAAACCAGAGACAAGACACGUGUCCUGAGGUAGGAAGAACUGAGCCCCUUGACCCCCAGACCCGUGCAAAACCAGGGAGUGCCAGCAUUCCCGAUGCCCUGUGUGACAAGGACACCGACUGCCUGGAAGGGGAAGCAGUGGUGGCUGGCAAUGGGGUUAAGACUGGCCGUUGUUUGAAAGACAGGGACAGCACCAGAGGGACUUGUGAGAUACUGGCCUGGUGCCCAGUGGAGAAAAGAUCCAAGCCCAAGAAACCACUUCUGGGCAGUGCAGAAAACUUCACUGUUUACAUCAAGAACUCCAUUCGCUUCCCCAAGUUUAAGUUCUCCAAGAUGAAUGUGCUGGCAACUGACAACGAGUCCUACCUGAAGAGCUGUCGCUACAGCCAGGAGCAUCCCUACUGCCCCAUCUUCGUGCUGGGGAACAUUGUCCGCUGGGCUGGGGGCAACUUCCAGGAAAUGGCCUCGGAGGGUGGUGUGAUAGGAAUUCAGAUUGAAUGGAACUGUGAUCUUGAUAAAGCCCCUUCUGAAUGUAAUCCUCACUAUUCUUUUAGCCGGCUGGAUAACAAGUCUGCAGAAACAUCCAUCUCUUCUGGGUACAACUUCAGGUUUGCCAAGUAUUACCGGGAUGCUGAGGGGGUCGACUACCGGACGCUCAUUAAAGCGUACGGAAUCCGCUUCGAUGUGAUGGUGAAUGGCAAGGCAGGGAAAUUUAACAUCAUUCCCACCAUUAUCAAUAUCAGCUCGGGGCUGGCACUUAUGGGAGCUGGAGCUUUCUUUUGUGACCUGGUGCUGCUGUAUCUGAUCAAGAAGAGCAACUUUUAUCGAGGCAAAAAGUACGAGGAAGUGAAGUCCAGUUCCAGGAAGUCCUUGUCGAGCCCUACGCUGAACGGGAAUCAGAGCCCAGACCAGCUCGGCACGCUCUAGGCACAGCAAUGGCUCUGCCAGCUGGACUCAUGCGCCAAGAAAACCACACAGGUGUGGCACCACACCAGCACUGGGAGGUGGACAUACCCAGAUCAGGCCUACUGUUACCAGGAUUCCCAGAGGAAAAAGCCUCCUCUAAAGACUGCCUUUCUUCCCUAAGAUUUCUCUGGUGUCCUGAGCUUGCAACAGUGUGUCAUCACUAUGGAUUUAUAAAAUGAUUUUUAUAAAAGGACAAAGGCACCAAAGGAAUGUUUUCAUGUCCACUGAUAGAUAUAUCUGUACUUAUGCCAAUAGCCAGCAUUGUCCUGUGGCUGUGCUUUGCUUCCAUGUGCAGAAAAGCUGUGAUGGGAACCACCACUGGCACUUUGGGAAGGGCUGAAGCUGAAAUCUAAUUCCAAUCAACCUAAUUCCUGCUCUGCUGCCUUGACAGCCACCGCUUCCAGCUCCUGCCUGGCUGAUGUGACAUCAGGUGUGAAGCAGCAGGACUGCUCUGCUCGGGAAGUGCAGGGAAAUGUGGCAUUGGAGCAGCUCUUGGAGCUGGGGAAGGGGCUGUGACCCUGCAGGACCUGAGGCAAGGGGGGACAGUCACUCCUAUGGGGGGUUCAUGCACUGGAAAGCAACGUGCCCCUGGAAGCACCUGCACAGGUUCUGCCUCCUUGGUUCAGUGCCUGGUUUCAUUUGCUCAGGAUUGUCCUUCCUGCAUCACUUCCUGGUUUCUCGUGGUGGGGAGAUCUGGAUGGGGCACUCAAUGCUUCUGUUUCUCACAGCACCCAGGGCUGUGCUGCAGACUGAAAAGGGCAGCUCUGCCAGUGACACAGGCCUUGUCAGCUUCCUCCAAAUACACCAACAGCAGGGGAAUUUAGAAGCCAUCUGCCUGCUACUUCAACACCAGUAACCUCCAGGAAAUACAAGCGGGGAUGUAAUCUCAGAAAAGGGCUUAUGGAAUAUCAUUGUGUUCUGUAAAUGCUGCCCCAUCACCACUGACUGGGGGCUGUCCUGAUGAAGAUUAAAUGUGUCUGUGCACUCUGUGAAUACAAAGAUUUAAAGGGCUCCUGCUGCAGCAUCUGAGCGUGGCCUUCAGGGAGCUGCUGCCAUCGAGUGUCUGCACAAAUGGCACCAGCAGCUGCACCCACCUCUGCUUUAACUUCUUUAAGGUGGUUACUCUGAGGUACAGCUUCAUCCUCAAUUAAAAUUCACCUCUGUUAGCAGCAGCAAACUCUGAACCCAGUCAAUGAUAGCAAACCCCACCCAGUCUAGUUCCCUCCCUCUGCUUCUGUGUAUUGAGGCAAAAAUGGGGCUAGAAAGUAGAAUUAAACAGCAGAGUUAAUUUAGGAUAAGCCAUAUACCUCUGGUGCUCUGAUCUCAUCUAAAACCUUCUCUUCAUGUCCGAAGUUUCUCCUCUAGGCAAAUACAAGUCACCACGUGGGGAACUGCUCGAGAGUUACCACAGGCAGCCCAGGCUUUUGACUGUCAGGGUUUAAUUCGAGUUGAGUAAUUUCUGGAUGGUGAAACACAUGGUGAACCCCCUGCAUGACAUCAGGGCCUGGCACAACUCCUGGCGACCAAGCAGCUCCUCCUAACGUGCAAAGCUCAGUGUGCUCUGCUGAAACCAUUGUUUUAACUUGCCAAAACAUCCUCUUGUUGGAGGACUAAAGCUGUUUCCUGAAUCUAAGUCUUCAGGCCUCGCAGAUCCCCUAGAACAUUUCCUUUCUUUAUACUGUGUAACACAAUUCCUACAACCCCUGCUGUUAAUAAAACAUAACCAGAUUCCUUCUCAGGAGCUCGUUUCUUGACUUUGACUUUUUUUUCCUUCUUGUGUUUCAUGUUCAGCAAUAAAAUGUGUCACUGUA